ACGUAAUUUUUGUUGCUAGGACAUUAUUUUGUACAAAGCAUGUGCAAAACUAUUUAAUAAACACUGUGGCGCGCCCACAGAAUUUAAUUGUUCGUUGGAGGGAGGGCGCCGUUAAUUGUUGCGUUCUUCGCACACAUUGUGAAUGCAGAAUGAGUGCCAACGGUACAGUGUUGAUUCUGUUAAACCUAAAUCGCUUCAUCUGUUUGAAAGAUAGAGUGAAAUGCCUGAGCCAACUUGGGUUUUUAGUACACUUGAUGGUGAUAUGGAGGCCAUUAUUAAAGAUGCCCUUAACACAAUAACUUUCAAGGCUGCUGGAAAGGGCGGUGGUGGCUGUAUAAACGAAGGCGAAGCAUAUUUUACAGAUACUGGAACUGUUUUUGUUAAACAAAAUAGGAAGUCUCAGGCGAGACUGAUGUUUGAUGGUGAAUUAGAGAGCCUUAAAACUAUAGCAGCAACUAAUACAGUGCGUGUUCCACAACCUAUUGUGGUCUUAGACAAUCCUCGUGGUGGAUCUGUCUUAGUUUUAGAGUAUGUUGACAUGAAAACAUUAAGCAAAUUCUCAAAGCAGCUUGGACAAGAACUGGCCAGAUUGCAUUUACAUAACAGUGAACUAAAGACAAAGGCAUCACAAGGUUAUGUGGGACAGGAGGAAAAUGUUUCUUAUGUUGAAAAAUUUGGAUUUCAUGUGACCACCUGCUGUGGCUACAUUCCUUUAGAAAAUGAAUGGUGCGGUGACUGGCCAACAUUCUUUGCAAGAAACAGACUUGACCAUCAAGUCAGGCUUGUUGAGAAAAAUUGUGGAGAUCCUGAAGUACGAGAGCUGUGGUCAGAGCUCCAGCUGAAGAUCCCGAAGUUUUUUGAAGGUUUGGAUAUUCAGCCAGCCUUACUGCAUGGUGAUCUAUGGGGUGGCAAUAUAGCAGAAACUGCAACUGGUCCAGUUAUAUUUGAUCCAGCAUCAUUUUAUGGACAUCACGAGUUUGAACUAGGCAUUGCUCGAAUGUUUGGAGGAUUCAGCCAAGCUUUUUAUGAUGCAUACUUUGAUGUAAUCCCUAAAGCACCUGGGUUUGAGACAAGGAAUAAACUGUACCAACUGUUUAAUUAUCUGAAUCAUUGGAACCACUUUGGUGCAGGAUACAGGAAUCAGUCCUUAUCGAUAAUGAAGGCAUUGUUAAAAUAAAAGCAGCACAAAUUAGUAAAUACGUUCCUGUAAAACACAAAACUGAAUAAAGGGAAUAGGUUUUUAAAA